CAAAUGACAGGUUCACUUUAUGAGUGGAGAGUCUGGGAUUCACCAUCAGAGCAAACAGUGGAAAUAAUACUGGGAACAGUGGGGGCACAAGAAUACUGCUGAUUUCAUAUUUGAACAGGAGUUUUAAAGAAGCAACGGCAAAGUGAAAGUAACCGUCAAGCGAACUUCCUCAAUCGAAUGUUUUUCAUCGACAUUGUUCUGCCUGCUGUUUCCUGCUUCACUCAGCGACAAAAUGUCCUCUCACUCAGAAAACGAACUGUCCUGUGCCAUCUGCUAUGACAUCUUUAAAGAUCCUGUUGUUCUGUCAUGUAGCCACAGUUUCUGUAAAUACUGUGUGAAGAGAUGGUGGAGUGAGAAAGAAAAAAAGGAGUGUCCAGUUUGUAAGACAAUACCUUUGGUGAGUGAUCCACCUUGUAACCUGGUGUUAAAGAACCUGUGUGAGGCCUUCUUACUAGCGAGGGAUCAGACAGCUUCAGCAGGGUCUGAGCCUCUCUGCAGUCUGCACUCUGAGAAACUCAGACUCUUCUGUCUGGAUCAUCAGGAGCCGGUGUGUGUUGUCUGCAGAGAUUCAAAAACACACAGCAACCACAGUUUCAGACCCAUUGAUGAAGCUGCACAGGAUCACAGAGAGGAGCUCCAGAAAUCUCUGGAGCCUUUACAAGAGAAACUGAAGCUCUUUGAACAAGUUAAAGGAAACUGUGAUCAAACAGCAGAACACAUUAAGGUCCAGGUCCAACACACAGAGAGGGAGAUUAAGGAGCAGUUUAAGAAGCUUCACCAGUUUCUACAACAGGAAGAGGAGGCCAGGAUCACUGCUCUGAGGGAGGAAGAGGAGCAGAAGAGUCAGAUGAUGAAGGACAAGAUUGAGGCUCUGAGCAGAGAGAUAGCAGCUCUGUCAGACACAAUCAGAGCCACACAAAAGGAGCUGAGAGCUGAAGACGUCUCAUUCCUGCAGAACUACAAGGCUGCAGUCAAAAGAGUCCUGCAGUGUCCCCUGCCAGAUGAUCCAGAGUUGGUCUCAGGAGCUCUGAUAGAUGUGGCCAAACACCUGGGCAACCUGACCUUCAACAUCUGGAACAAGAUGAAGGAGAUGGUCUCCUACACUCCUGUGAUUCUGGAUCCAAACACUGCUCCUCCAGACCUCACCCUGUCUGAAGAUCUGACCAGUGUGAGACAUGGAGAGAAACACAAGCUUCCUGACAAUCCAGAGAGGUCUGACUAUCACCCCAUAGUCCUGGGCUCAGAGGCCUUUAACUCAGGGUCUCACAGCUGGGAUGUUGAGAUUAAACAUGAUAAAUACUGGGCCCUAGGUGUGGUAGGAGAGCCUGCCCAGAGACAGGGAAAAAGACUGACUGGAUUCUGGGAAAUGUAUGUCCUUGAUGGAAAAUACACAGCAGCCUCACCACCACUCACAGAUAAAGUUCUGUCAGUGAAGAAGAAGCUCCAGAGGAUCAGAGUUCAUCUGGACUGUGACAGAGGAAAACUGUCAUUCUAUGAUCUUGAUACUAACACACACAUACACACCUUCAAACACACUUUCACUGAAAGGGUGUUUCCAUACAUUGCAAACAUGAAUGAACUCCCACUGAAGAUAUUACCUGUGAAAGUCUCUGUAACAGUGGAACAGGACCCGGCCACUGCAUCAAAAGGCCGAAGGUCAGUUUUUAAAAAUUAGCUAAGCAUGCUAUAUACUAUUAUUUUCAGCUAAAGUCAGGCUGCUCAGAAAUGCCUUUCUGAGGAUUAGCGCUGUAAAAAAGAUGUACUGAUAAAGUCAAAUGGAAAAAAAUGCAGUUACGUAUGUAUGUAUGUACCAUACAAUGUUAGUAUGUUUGUAUCCAUUACUGAAUAUUUGCUGAUGAUACUGACAUUGGAAUUUUUAGAAUACAAUAUAUAUUCUAUAACAAUAUAUUGGUAGAUAUAAUUUUCUGCACAUUAAUAUAUCACAAUGUUUUGAUAAAUGGCUUAAAUUUUAUAAUUAAAUAACUGUGUCCAAGAUGUACUCUGCAAAACAUUCAUUGAAAAACAACAACUUUGAACAUAAACUACAUCAUGAGACACUGUUUCUGAAUCACCUUAACUGUAAUUUGGACAUUUCUUGUUACUUCCUGAUCAACAUGCACACAGACAUCUGCCCCCUCUCCCCUUCUUGCCUCCAGAACCACCACAGUUAACACUGAGAAACCUGUGUGGGUGGCCUGGUUACUGUUGGCGUCAAUAGGAGGGGGGAGUUUGGGCUGGUUGGACUCAGUCAGGAUAACUGUGGCCUGCUUCCUGUGCGAGGAGUGUUGAGACAGUAUAACACUGUAGGACAAUGAAUUGUUCAUUA